AUGAAUAAAAAUAAUAAUAAACAACAAGUAUCAAAUAAAAAGAACAUACAACAACCUAAAACAACAGCAACGACAACAAAGAAUAACAAGAAUAAUAAAAAUGAUAUAGAAAAGAAGAAAGAAAAGAAUGUUGGUAUAAAGGUGCCAGCAGAGAAAAAAGAAUCGUUGAUGGAAACACUCGAAAGAGUGAUCACCGAGUUGAAUAGUCAUCCAGAAGCAUUCAUAGAUCAACCUAAAGAUAUUGCAAAGUCAAUGACUGAUUACUUGGUUAGACUAUAUGAUACUGUUAAAAAGAAUGAACCAAUACCAACAGACUCAUUAGAACAUAUAUUAUUGGAUGGUUUCGAUUACGAACAGAUAUGGUCACAGAUCGAUCUUUUCAAUAAUCCAAUCAUCUCUCAUUUGGAUUCAAAUAUAAAGUCAUUGUUGGCCAACAUUAAAGAUGUUAAUUUAAUAGAUGAUCAAGAUGAUGAUGAUGAAGAUGAUCUAGAGUUGGGUGACGAUGACUAUGAUGAAGAUGAUCUGGAGUUGGGUGAAGAUGAUGACUACCUGGAAGAUGACGAAGAAGAAGAAGAAGAUCCAAUCAGUGGAAGUCUCGGUGAAGAUGACGAUGACUAUGAAGAUGACGAUGGUGUAGAAGAUGAAGAAGAUGAAGAUGAGUUGGAUGAUGGUGAAGGUUUCGACUUGGGAAUGGAUGAUGAAGAUGAAGAUGAAGAAGGAGAGGAUGAAGAGGAAGAUGAAGAUAAACCAUUGACAAAGACAAAGAAGAGUAAUAUGAAAUUCUUUGACCAGAAGGAGAUGGAGCAGUUUUUGGAUGAUGCUGACGAUAAUGAAGAUGAAGAUGAUGAAGAGAAGGAUUUUGAACUUGGUGAUGAAGAUGACGAUGAAGACGACGGAAUGGUAUUCCCAGAGGGUGAAAUGGAUGAAACCGAAAGACACCUAGAUAAACUGCUCGAUAAAUAUAUGAACGAAGAUUCAAGCACCAAAGCAAAGAAGAAACAAGUCAAGGCUGAAGAUAUGAAAUUCGAUGAUUUCUUUAAAGGUGAAGGUGAGGAAGAUGAAGAUGAUGAAGAAUUCCCAUUGAAUGGUAGAGAUGAUUAUGAGGAAGAUGAAGAUGAAGAUGGUUUGGACGAUGAAGAUGAAGAGGAUGGAGCUGGUCUUGGAUUGGAAGAUGAUGAUGUAGCAUUGCAAGAAGACAAUGAACCAACAUUACCACCACAAGAACUAUCAGAGUUUGAAAAGAAGGCACAGAGAGUACAAGAUAAGAUCAAAGAACUCGAGAAACAAAACCUUAAAAAGAAGAACUGGACUGUUAUUGGUGAAGCUGCUGCUAAAGAUCGUCCUGUCAAUUCACUUUUAUCUGAAAAUCUUGAUUUUGAACAUACUCAAAGACUUGCACCAGUAAUUACACAAGAAUCUAAUCAAACUAUUGAAGAUAUCAUUAAAAAGAGAGUUUUAGAGAGAAACUUUGAUGAUGUAAUAAGAAAAACAGAGAAGGAAUUCCAAGAGAAAUAUAAAGCAAAACUUGAAUUGAAUGAUCAAAAGAAUACUGAAGGUUUAGGUUCUGUUUAUGAGAAGGAGUAUUUAACAAAGACGAUGGGUGUAGAGUUAACGGAUGAAUUGAAAGAGAAACAUAAUACAAUCAAUAAGUUGAUGGAAGCACUGAUGUACAAGUUGAAUUCGUUGAGUAACUUUAAUUUCACACCGAACCGAAUCAAACAACAGGAGCUGGUUGUCAACAAGGCAUCUUCGAUUACGAUGGAAGAGAAGCUACCGACUGCAACCAGUACAGCCGAGUUGGUCGCACCAAAGGAUAUCUACUUCAAGGAGAUUGCAGACGAAGCCGGCUACUCGGAGCUGUCACAACAGGAGAAGAAGCAGUUGCGUUCGAAGCUUACCGACAGUUGGAGCAAGGAGAAAAAGAAAACCGAAGCACAACAGCGUAUCGACGAGAAACUCAACCCACAACUCGCCAAGAAACACGAGACAAAGCGUGCGGUCGAUCAUCUCAAGACCGCCAGAAAUACAACGAUCGUCGACACCAGCGAUCAACGAAAGACAACCUCGUACGCCAAGUCUGGUACUGUGUUUGCUAAACUCCAAACCGAACAAGACAACAAGAGAAAAGGUGUACAAACCGAACAACAGCCAUCCAACUAUAAAAAACAAAAGAAUAGUAAUAAUAAUAAUGGCAAUAACAAAGGAAGCUCUUCAAAUUAUAAACUUUAA